AAUCGUUAAACAAAUAGGGAGGAUGCAAGGUUAUGAGGAUUUUUUAUAACUCUUACUAAUGUGAUGAAAUUUAAUUUACCAAGGUUACUUGAAAACAAAAAAAAACUACAAAUUGCCAUAGAAAAAAUAUUGCUAUUGUGCGCACAUACAUAAUUUAUAUAAACAAAAAAAAAGUAAUUCAAACAACUACAAGGUUUAGCGGUUUGGAUGCUGUUAGCAAGAUGUUUGGGCAUGUACAUAUGUAAAUAAGUAUUUGUGCAAAAUUUAAUUGAAGUUGAUUUACGGGAUAAUAUUGUAUUUGCCUAGGAGUGCCUACAAACGUAUACAUACAUAUAUACGGAGGCAGACCGAUAGCUACGUUGAUGUGAGCGUGUAAACUUCAGUGUCUACUUAACCCGAGGAGGCACCAAGCAGUGGCAGACGACAGUAGGACGACGAAGUGCAACGUUAGGUGCUACUAUAGUGUGAAUUUUGUAGAACAAAGCUAAUCACCAUGAUAAGUGCAUUGCUCUCGCGAUUCAUAAUAUUAUCCUUUGGUACUCUAUAUCCAGCAUACGCUUCUUACAAGGCUGUACGCACCAAAAAUGUGAAAGAAUAUGUGAAAUGGAUGAUGUAUUGGAUUGUGUACGCUUUCUUUACAUGCAUCGAAACAUUUACGGAUAUCUUUCUUUCAUGGUUUCCAUUUUACUAUGAAGUGAAAGUGAUCAUUGUUUUAUGGCUUUUGUCGCCCGCUACAAAGGGUAGCUCUACAUUGUACAGGAAAUUCGUACACCCCAUGCUAACACGCAGAGAACAGGAAAUCGACGAGUACCUCAAUCAAGCCAAAGAACGUGGCUACUCAGCUGUAUUACAAUUGGGCACCAAAGGCGUCAACUAUGCUACCAAUGUCAUCAUGCAAACAGCGCUCAAGGGUGGCGGCAACCUGGUGCAAACGUUGCGACGCAGUUACAGCUUGAGCGAUCUCUCGGAGCCAGAUGUGCAACGCACGCAGGACGAGAUCGACGAAGUCGUGCAAAUGCGUUCACAGCAACGGCUGCUGCGUCCACGUCCGCAGGCAAGUAUUGCCCGCUCAGCGUCGGGUACACGCCACUCAACCGGCAUGUAUUUCUCCGAGGUGGAUGUUGCUAAGGGUGCGGAUGGUUUUAACUACAAUAUAAGAUCAUCGGAAGACAUUAGUUCGGGUUACUCCAGCGCCGAGCCGGUAUCGGUUGGCCUAAGCAGAACAUCGUCGAUGACAAAUGCUUCGAAAACACGUUUGAAAGCCAGGCGUACAACAGAGAUUUUAAAUGAACCCGAACACAAGUUUAGGCCCAGAGCUCAAGAGUUUAGGGGAAGUUUAGAAGACUUUGAGGCAUUACACGAUCCAACCGUCGUCGAUAUACAGAAAUGCAUACAAAUUUUGGAGGAGAUGCCACAUGUCGAUGGCGACGAAGAAAGUGGCGACGACGGCGAGUGCUUGUCACUUGGAAAAAUGCAAACCAUUGAUGAGAUCAAUGAUGUGGAGUGUAGUUUUGAGAUAGAAACUGACGUUAAAGAAAUUAUAAAACUCAAAGACCAACCAACGGCUGACGGCGUCGCAGUAACGCAACAGCAAUUAGAAGCCGAGUUGGACUCAGUGGAGGAGACAAACGAGGCGCCCAUUGCCGACAUCGAUGAAGUAGCGUUAAAGGAUGAUUAUUAUUUCAAGGAGGAUAACAAUUCUAUUUACAGUAACAGCGAUACAUACAACACACUCGAAAGCAGCGAUGAGGACAAUGAAAGCGAUGUCUUCGCAGAUGCGCUACUCACAUUAGAGGAAGCUGAAGAAGUAAAGGCGGAGAAAGAUGUCGAAGAGACGCAUGCAGACAACUUUGAACAGCAAGAGAUUACAACUGCUUGUGCGCAAACCGAUUUACCUAUAAAAGAAGCCACCGAAAUCGUAAACCAAGCUGUGGCUCAAGCAACCACAACCGGUGUAGAACCUCAAGCAACUACCGAAAAACCGAAAAUCAAUGCCAAAGAACUACAAGACACCUUAAAAGCUAUCAAAGAUAAUUUUCGUGCCAAUAUUGCAACAACAACAACAAUACCAACCUCAUCUUCUUACACAACUGCAAUUGAUAGUAAAUUAGUGAUGCCACGCCCCCUAACACACAACAAAGGCAAAGCACCAGCUCCACCAUUGCCGCCGCGUCCCACACGUCCAGCCGAUGUUGUGAGCAGCACCCCGGCACUUAAUAGUAGCGUAGAUGCGGCUAGCUUAUCUUCGCGUAGUCCUUCACCAGCGCCUCACCGGAACAUAUUCCGAAAUAUAAAGAGCAAUCUUCUGCGUUUGGCCAGCAACAACAGCUUGACGGGCAAAGCAAACGAGGCGAGUGCCGAAAAGCCAACUACCCGUUAUGAGACGCAAUUGUAAAUUAAUUCUAGUUCCAAGUCUCUUCCUCUUCUGAGUAACAACGAAAAACUAAGCUUACAACUAAAGAAAAACUGCGAGACAAAGGCAAAGUGCGAAGCAGAUGCACGAAAUUGGGCGAUAGUUGUUGCUAUAAUAACGAUAACAACACAAAAGACGUGCUAGGCCCAUUAUUUGAAACUAUGCUGCUAAAAGACGUUGCCUAAAGAUUUUGUUUUUUAAUUUAUAGUCUCUACAAAACAACAAUGCACCCACUUAUAGAAACGGUCUACAAAUACAACAACUUUUUAGAACUGUUAUGUCGGCUAGCUAUACCACGCUUCCACGCACUAAAAAGUCUGAAAAAGUCAUUGGAGCCACGACGAAAACGCGCAGCAAGACGCAAUCGCAGACGGAGAAGUAGAGCACAGGCAACAAACAAACAAACAGCCGACGAAAGCAAGUCGUAAUCAAAUUGAAAGACU